AUGGAACUUCUAACAAACAGACAAACAGAUGAUACCUUAAAAAAAUUUUCUCCCCUUGAGUAUAGACUAAGUGGGAGGUGUGGAGUCCUCAUAGUCAGUUCACUCGACUCCAGAUCAAGUGGCUCUGUUCGAGUCCUGGUUACCGAUGGUGGGCUGGCUGAUGUGGCUGAGAAUCUUCACACCCUAGAGCAUCUCACGUUCAGUGGAUGUACCUCAGUGACAGACAUUGGUGUGUCCCUAGUUGCAAUUCAUCUUCAGCGGCUGGUGGCACUGGAUGCAUCUAAGUGUGAUAACAUUACUGAUAAGAGUAUCCUGGACCUUGCAAAACACAGCCACAAUCUUACACACCUAGAUCUGAGCAUGUGCAGUCAAAUUACAACACAUGCUGUUGAUCAGUUGGAAGAGAACAUACCUGGGCUUGCAUCAUUGCAGCUGAGAUACUCUGGGGCUCGUCUGUGUACAAAGAUGUAUGCUUUAUAA